CACAGAGGGCUAUAAAUCCCGAAAGCAGCUGCCCUUGAGAUCUCUCUCAUUAUCUCUCAUUCAUCAUCGUCUAAUCGAUCUCUCUCUAGUAACAAAUUUCGCAGCUUUCUUUCUCUGGUCUAUCAACUAUGUCUAACAAACCAGAAUCUUCCGACUCGAAACCUAAGAAGGAGGAUUUCAGUACUAAGAUUCUCGAGAGGAAGAAGUCUCCCAACCGACUUGUUGUUGAUGAAGCUAUUAAUGAUGACAACUCUGUCGUCUCGCUUCACCCUGCCACCAUGGAAAAGCUCCAGCUUUUCCGAGGCGAUACAAUUCUCAUCAAGGGUAAGAAGAGGAAGGACACUGUGUGCAUUGCCCUUGCUGAUGAAACAUGUGAGGAACCCAAGAUCAGAAUGAAUAAGGUUGUAAGGUCUAACUUGAGGGUUAGGCUGGGAGAUGUUAUUUCUGUUCACCAAUGCCCUGAUGUCAAGUAUGGAAACCGUGUCCACAUAUUGCCGGUUGAUGAUACUGUUGAAGCGGUUACUGGAAACCUUUUUGAUGCUUUCCUUAAACCUUACUUCCUGGAGGCUUACCGCCCAGUGAGGAAGGGAGAUCUUUUCCUAGUAAGAGGAGGAAUGAGGAGUGUGGAGUUCAAAGUCAUCGAGACUGAUCCUGCUGAGUACUGUGUGGUUGCUCCAGAUACAGAGAUCUUCUGUGAGGGUGAACCAGUUAAGAGGGAGGACGAAGAAAGGCUUGAUGAGGUUGGUUAUGACGAUGUUGGUGGUGUCAGGAAACAAAUGGCUCAGAUUAGGGAAUUGGUUGAACUUCCCUUGAGGCAUCCACAACUCUUUAAAUCAAUUGGUGUGAAGCCACCAAAGGGUAUUCUGCUAUAUGGACCUCCUGGAUCCGGGAAGACUCUUAUUGCCCGUGCUGUGGCUAAUGAAACCGGAGCGUUUUUCUUCUGUAUCAAUGGACCGGAAAUCAUGUCGAAGCUGGCUGGUGAGAGUGAGAGCAACCUCAGAAAAGCAUUUGAGGAGGCUGAGAAGAAUGCCCCUUCUAUCAUAUUCAUUGAUGAGAUUGACUCUAUCGCACCAAAAAGAGACAAGACAAAUGGAGAGGUUGAGAGGAGGAUUGUCUCUCAGCUCCUGACGCUUAUGGAUGGUCUGAAAUCCCGUGCCCAUGUUAUUGUUAUGGGAGCAACAAAUCGCCCCAACAGUAUUGAUCCAGCUUUGAGAAGGUUUGGAAGGUUCGACAGGGAAAUUGAUAUCGGUGUUCCCGAUGAAAUUGGACGUCUUGAAGUUCUUAGGAUCCACACGAAGAACAUGAAGCUAGCUGAAGAUGUGGAUCUAGAAAGAAUCUCCAAGGACACACAUGGAUAUGUUGGAGCUGAUCUUGCAGCUCUAUGUACUGAAGCUGCCCUUCAAUGUAUCAGAGAGAAGAUGGAUGUGAUUGACUUGGAAGAUGACUCUAUUGAUGCCGAAAUCCUCAAUUCCAUGGCGGUGUCUAAUGAACACUUCCACACCGCUCUUGGAAACAGCAACCCAUCCGCACUUCGCGAAACUGUUGUUGAGGUUCCAAAUGUCUCCUGGGAGGAUAUUGGAGGUCUUGAGAAUGUUAAGAGAGAGCUUCAGGAGACUGUUCAAUACCCUGUGGAGCAUCCAGAGAAGUUCGAGAAGUUUGGAAUGUCUCCAUCAAAGGGAGUUCUUUUCUACGGCCCUCCUGGAUGUGGGAAAACCCUUUUAGCCAAAGCUAUAGCAAACGAGUGCCAAGCAAACUUCAUCAGUGUCAAGGGACCCGAGCUUCUCACAAUGUGGUUUGGAGAAAGUGAAGCCAACGUCCGUGAAAUAUUUGACAAGGCUCGUCAAUCUGCUCCUUGUGUUCUGUUUUUCGAUGAGCUAGACUCUAUUGCUACUCAGAGAGGAAACAGCGUGGGUGAUGCAGGCGGUGCAGCUGAUAGAGUGUUGAAUCAGCUUCUGACAGAAAUGGAUGGAAUGAACGCAAAGAAGACGGUGUUCAUUAUUGGAGCAACUAACAGACCUGAUAUCAUCGAUCCAGCUCUUCUUCGACCUGGAAGACUCGACCAGCUUAUCUACAUUCCCCUGCCUGAUGAAGAUUCACGUCUCAAUAUAUUCAAGGCCUGCUUGAGAAAAUCUCCUGUUGCUAAAGAUGUAGAUGUGACUGCACUUGCUAAGUACACCCAGGGAUUCAGUGGUGCUGAUAUCACUGAGAUCUGCCAGAGAGCUUGCAAGUACGCCAUCAGAGAAAACAUCGAAAAGGAUAUUGAGAGAGAGCGUAGAAGGAGCGCGAAUCCAGAAGCAAUGGAGGAAGAUAUGGUGGAUGAUGAAGUAUCAGAGAUUAGAGCUGCUCAUUUCGAAGAGUCCAUGAAAUACGCAAGGAGAAGUGUGAGUGAUGCUGAUAUUCGCAAGUACCAAGCUUUUGCUCAGACGCUGCAGCAAUCGAGAGGGUUUGGAUCUGAGUUCAGGUUUGACUCAACCGCUGCCGGACGCACAACUGGUACUGCAGCCGCUGAUCCCUUUGCCACUUCUGCAGCUGCAGCUGAUGACGACGAUCUCUACAGUUAGAUUACCUCUCAUAGUAAUCGUUUUUUUAUAUUUUCUUUUAACUUAAACGUUGUGAUCUUUUGAAUGAUGUCGAGAGGGAUACAGUUAACAGUUAACUCCUCCGAGUUUGUCAUGACUCAAAAGCUCACUCUAGCAAAUUAUUUCGAUGUUUAUUUUUCUUCACAAUGCUCUUGAUCAGUUUUCUUACGGUUAAUCUCCUUUAUAUAAUAAUAUAUACUACUGGAGAAAAGUUGUCGUUGGAACUGUUAGCUGAACAGGGAAAUGAUCAAAAUGUUGUGUAUUUUUUA